AUGAGUGAGGCGCCAGUAUCGAACGAUCAAGUGGCGAAGUCGCCUGAAGACGGGGCAAACCCCUCGUCCGUUACUGCUGACGAAAAACUAACGGGCAAUGAGACUACUGGAGCCAGUGGAGACAAGAAGAAAAACAAGAAGAAGAAGAAGAAGGCCAACAACAACAUCAAGAACAUUGAGUUAUUGUUUCCGGAUCUCAAGUAUCCAGAAGGUGAAUGGAUGGAAUACCAUCAGGACCAUAACUUGCAAAGAACAACUGAUGAGGAAAAACGGUACCUGCUUAGAGACGCAGAGAACGCAGAGAGAUGGAACGAUGUUCGUAAAGGUGCAGAGAUCCAUCGUCGUGUGCGCAAAAAUUUGCAAAAUAAAAUCAAGCCGGAUAUGAGCCUUACUGACGUUGUCAAUGUGGUCGAAAAUGCGACCCGGAAGUUUACAGGCGUUGACGAAAAUGGGGACCACAAGGAUCAACCAAAGUCGCAGGGGAUUGGUUUCCCUACUGGUGUCUCGCUGAACAAUUGUGCGGCCCAUUUCACCCCAAACGCCGGGGAUAAGACCAUCUUGAGGUACGAAGACGUUAUGAAAGUUGACAUCGGAGUUCAAGUUAACGGCUACAUCGUAGAUUCAGCCUUCACUGUCACAUUCGAUGACAAGUACAACAAUCUCCUCGAAGCUGUUAAGGAGUCCACCAACACUGGUGUGCGCGAGUCUGGCAUUGACGUCAGAUUGACCGAUAUCGGGGAGGCUAUCCAGGAAGUUAUGGAGUCUUACGAGGUGGAGCUGAACGGCGAGACGUUUCAGGUGAAGCCCUGUCGAAACUUGUGUGGUCACAACAUUGCCCCUUACAAAAUCCAUGGAGGGAAGUCAGUGCCGCUGGUCAAGAAUGGUGACCAAACCAAAAUGGAAGAGGGCGAGCAUUUUGCUAUCGAGACCUUUGGCACCACAGGCCGUGGCUACGUAAUAACCGGUGGCGAGGUGUCGCACUAUGCUAAGAACCAAGGAACUUGGCCCACUCCCGCGCUCUCAAAAGCUAAAUCUCUACUAAAGACAAUCGACGAUAACUUUGGCACUUUGCCGUUUUGUCGCCGUUACCUAGACCGUCUAGGUGAGGAAAAGUACUUGUUCGCGCUGAACAGUCUGGUGAAACAUGGAAUUGUUGAAGAAUACCCACCUCUUUGGGAUAUCCAGGGUUCUUACACUGCCCAAUCUGAACACACCAUCUUGCUGCAUCCACACAAGAAAGAAGUUGUCUCAAGAGGUGAUGACUACUAG